UUACGCGUGCUCAACAGGAGGAACCAGGCGGCGUGAUCUGGCAACCCUGCAGUGCCUCUCUGCACGUACGCUGCAACGGCGGAAGAACAAAAACAAACCAGACAGCAGGCAGAAGAAACGCGUUUCUACAAGGUUUUAUUAUUCCUCAACCUCAGCGGCCCGUCUUCAAUGAGUAAAAGGGUCCGAAAAGCGGUAUUUAAUCCAGAUCAGCAGCUAAUUUGAUAUAAAACACAGCGCAGCUCGCUCAGUCUUUGUCAGGUCGCUAAUAGCUAACAGCUAACCGACACUCAGUGUAGCUGUUUAACGCUCGUUUUUUAAAAAAUAGGAUUUUUUUCAGAGUGUGAGUUAAGGUGGUCAAACUGAGCUCAUCUGCAAGUGUGCAGCAGCAAAAGUCCAGCAUCCCAGACUUCACCUCACUACAAGCCUGAUCUGCCAUGGAGGGUUGCCAUUUGUCCUGUUCGUUUUAUGGCUGUAAGCGGACUUAUACCAAUUCAGAAGCGCUGAACGGUCACCUCCAGGAUCAUCAUAAGAUCCCUGCGCAGUCCCUUCCUGGGAAAUCCUUCCUGUGCUCCACAAUAGGCUGUGAGGCUUCAUUCUCCAACAUGCAGCAGCUCAUGGAUCAUGGGAGGCAUCACCACAAGCCAAAUUACUUUUUCCUCUGUGAGAGCUGCAGAGCGAAGCUGCGCUCGUACCGCACCCUCCUGAAACACCUGCAGACUUGUGCCAAGGUGGCCAAAAAGGCAACAAAGGUGGAGCCUGGAGCAGCUCCUGAUGUGGAUCCUUCUGGUGUCCCGCUGGUCCCUGUGGACAUGGAGCACCCUGAGCCUCUACUGUCCCCUGAGCAGAUGGAAGCUCAGCCUUCACUGCUUUCAAACUCAGCAGCGCUGCCCCAGCCCAACCAGCAAGUUCAGCAAACUCCCAAUGGCUCCUCACUAGACCCCACUUCCAUCAGGCCUCCUGCAGAGUCCAUGGCUGCUUUGGAGCCAGCGAAAACCCAAAACGUGUCCGGUCAGCCGGAUGCCUCCUACAGCCCCUUCCCACCCAGUUUGUCUCCUGUUCACCCAGCCGUUCUGCCUGACCCGUCCCAGCAGGAGCAGCAGCAGCAGUGGACCGCCAGAAUCGGCCAGUCCAGCCUGGCGUCCUCUCCUCCGCUCUCGCCGCCCGGCUCAAACGCAGUCUGGAGGAAGAACCAAGGCCAGUCUUUCAGCAGUCGGAUCCUUUGGGAGCACACCAGGGGGCGCUACAGCUGCCUUCAGUGCGGCCACUGCACCCCCGACCGCAAAGAGAUGACCGCACACAUAGAUGGCCAGCACAGAAGCCCGGGGGGCAAACCGAACACUGAUACAGACACAGUUGUCGGCUCGCCUUCGCCGCUGGUUAAAAUCUCCUCCGACUCUGAAAACUCCAGUUACACUCAGCUCUAACUUCAGACUAAAUCAUAAACCCCAACACUGGACAUUUCUCUAGCUCCCAUGAUUGGACGGAUUACUGACGGACACGGCCAGAGAGACCGGAGAGGGAGGUGAAGUCUCUGUCCUGAUGAUUAGUUUGAAUUAUGUGUGAUUUUCAAACAGACUUAAACAAGAAAUAUUGAUCACAGUUGUGUCCCCACUAAGGAAAAAAGCCACACGUGUGGCUGAUGUUUUAAAGGGGAAUUCCACUGAUUUUUCAAAAUUUUGGCAUAACUGAGUGUGUGAGAUGAGUGAUUCAGAGUGGUUUGGUGUGAAAUGGUUCAGUUGUCUUUACAGUGGUGGUGAUAGGAACCAGGGGUCGCCAUGACUACAACACAAAUAUAGACAUUUUAUUUACUAUCCAAAACCACCAGUGAACCUACACGAGUCUUCUGAGUUUAUAUGGAGAGUUGAUGAUGGGAAAAUAGUGGAAAAUCUGAAAUAAAUAGCUUUGUUAAGGGACUGUUUUGCCUUGCAAUGUCCUGCAAGUACCUCUCCUUAUUAAUUGUUUAUAGAAUAUAUUUAAGCCAACAUCCUUCUGUGAGGGAGCGUUUAGAGGUGGACGUCUGGUUCCUAUCACCACCACUGUGAACAGUUCUGACUCUUUCACACCAAACCACUCUGAGUGACUCUGUUUACAUCUUAACCUUUACAUUAUGCAGCAUUUUUAAACCCUUUAUCUGCAUGCUGUUUAUGCUGAUUAGAUAGAAGCGUCAAGAUUUAAAGCUAGUUCAAUAUUAAAGAAGUAUAUUUACAGUAUGUAAGGUGUACAUUGGUGUAUGUACUCUUUUCGCAGGCCCGUAUUUAUCAAACAUUUCAGAGAUUUAAAGCCGAUCAUGUUUCUGACAUCAUAAUGAGCACUGCUGUGUCUGAUCCACUCAGACCAGCGCAACACACACUAACACACCACCACCACGUCAGUGUUACUGCAGUGCUGAGAAUGAUCCAGCACCCAAAUAGUACCUGCUCUGUGAGGGUCCAUGGGGGUCCUGACCACUGAAGAACAGGGUAAAAGGGGGCUAACAAAGUAUCAGAAAGAGAAACAGAUGGACUA